GGCGUCUCCUCCGAUCAUUGAAAGUCAAUUCACCCAAGCCGUGCAAAAUAUCUGUACUCAAAGUCAAGUACCUCAUGGGUGACCUGCAGCGGACACAGGAAUCAAGAGUGGGCAAAAAGGGGUGAACCUUUAACCUCCCUCACGGUGAGCUGAGUCACCCGGACUGCCCAGAGUUUCAAUCGCAACUAGUUUUUUCUUUAUUUCUACGACCGUCCUUGCAGAUCCAUAUAAUUUUUGGCUUACGAUACAUGGGAAUUUAAUUAUCUUGACGUCCAAGUUGUUUUCUUUCUCAAUUGUUUCUGAGACGAGAACAAUUGACACUAAGAUGUCACAAUCUCAAAGCUCGAGUAGCUCUACUAGUACGGUUGAUGAGACGACAUCUCUUCUCCCACAUAAUGAUAUUAUCGCAAAGGCCAAGGUAUUCUCAAAAACUCCUGAUACUUGAUUGCAAAACUAAGAACGUGGCAGUCGGGAGACGCAACGGAAGCAGAGGUCACACCUGACGACAACAAUGAGGUUGUUAACCCACCUCGUGCUACACCGAAAUUCGGAAUUAUUGCGGUUCUGUUGAUCGGUGCAAAUACCCAAGUCAUCGUUUUUGAAUCAGGAUUAACAUGUGAUUGCAGGUGCCUUUGUUUCAAAUUCAGAUAGUUCUCUGGUUCUUGCAACUUACGGAACAAUCUCUUCGCAUUUCAAUGAUCUUGAAAGUGGGCGAUGGCUUCUGACCGCUUCUAUGCUUGCGUCUUGUGCCAUUCAACCUCUUGUAAGCCGUCCAAACUUUUAUGGUAUAUGUAUUAUAUCAAAAUAUACGAAUACUAAUUCGGUAUCAGUAUGGAAAAUUAAGCAAUAUCUAUGGUCGUAAACCAGUUUUACUUCUCAACUAUGUCCUUUUUGGGCUUGGAUCCGCACUAUCGUGAGUAACAGCAACGAAGUUUUUGUUUAAAAGCCAAUCUGACAUUUUUUGCAGGGGUUCUGGUCUGUUUAUGGGACAAAUAAUCUUUGGACGGAUUAUCAGCGGCACUGGCGCUGCGGGCAUGGUAUCUCUUGUUUCGAUAUUGAUAUCCGGUAAGCCCUUGAAACAUUCGUUCUCGAGAGUCGAAAACUCACGCCAUCCACAGAUCUUGUCCCUCUAAAAGACGUAGCUUCUUACCGAAGUUAUGUCAAUGUCGUGUCUACAACGGGUCGAAGCCUUGGCGGGCCAAUUGGGGGUUAUAUUGCACAAAAAUUUGGCUGGAGAUGGUAAGAACUUGUCGUAAACUCAGGGGCGGUUUACAUGGAGUAACAUUCCUCUAGGUCAUUCUAUUUUCAAUGUCCCAUUGCCGCACUCGCAUUAGUUCUGGUAGCUUGGAAACUGAAACUGCCAACACACGUAUCACACACCGAACAAUCCAAACUGGAGAAAUUCAGACGGAUCGAUUUCCUUGGCUCCAUCUGUUUAUCUACAACUAUAGUAGCCCUACUACUAACAUUCGAUUUCUUCGCCAAAGCAACAUCAUGGUCCGAUCCUCUUCCAAUAAUCUCAAUAUCCGUUGGUGUUAUCAUGAUCAAUUUGUUUAUCAUCACCGAGAAGUACUGGGCGAAAGAACCAAUCUUCCCCUUGAAUUUGCUUACCCGUAGAGAUUCAGUGUCUUGUUACUUGAUAUUAGCACUGCAGAGCGGUGCCCAGAUAACGGUGUGUCUUCACUUCUUAUCCCUUCUCCCAGCUUUUAUACCGGGAUACUAACUACCUACAAAGCUAAUGUCCAUAAUCCCCCUCUACUUCCAAAUCACCCACCGCGACUCCCCAGGAAAAGCAGGCUCCUACCUCGUGUCCGCCGUCGUCGGAAACACCAUCGGCGCCCUCCUAACAGGAACCUACAUCAAACAGUACCCCUUCCCCUCCCCAGUCCGCCUCCCCACUAACACCCCCCAGCACAAGCAAAUACAAGCUCCCCCUCCUCAUCUCCGCCCUCUCCCAAAUGGCCGCCUACACCCUCCUCACCCUCCGCUGGCGCGGCCACACCCCCUUCCUCGAGUCCCUCUACGUCUCCGGCGGCGGCUUCGGAUUCGGAACCUCCUAUUCCGCCACCUUCAUCGCUCUUGCUGCGGCCAUUACCGAAGAGGAGUUUGCAAUUGCGGGGAGUGGGUUGUAUAUGUUUAGUAGUAUUGGGGCGGUGAUUGGGAUUAGUGUUUCUGGGUCGAUUUUUAAGGGGGUUUCGAAGAAAGGGUUGGAUUCUGCGUUGGGAGGUGUGGAGGAUGGGGAGAAGGUUGGUUCUCGCACGAUGUGGAUCAUUUGGGGUAUGUACUGAUGAGUUGCAGAUUGCGAAGAGGGCGUUGGAGGAUAUUGGAUUUGUUAAUACGCUUGCGGAUAAGUUACAUCGUCUGGUUGUUGAGGGGUAUCUUGGGGGGUUUCGGGCUGUGUUUAGUAUGUUUUCCCACGCAGAACCUUUUGGCCUGAGUGUGGUGCUAAUUGAGUGGUAGUCUUUUCGUUGAUCAUGGCGUCUAUUUCUCUUGUUGUCGCGGUGUCGGUUAGGCAGUAUAAACUGAGGCGUUGAUAUUUCCUUUCGAAAUAAUAAUCAAAGGGCGUAUUAGGGGGAAUGUGGGGGACUAGAACGAAAGAAUUCAAAAGAACAAUGGAUACUCGUAUAUUCGAAGGUAAACCAUAGAUAGAAAGCAUCAACAUACAUAGCUAGAUUCAAUGACUUCAAAUCAUUUUAUGCAUACAUCAAUAUCAACAUACCCCUCAUCCCUAAAUCAAACCCCCAUCAUCACAAUUCCAAUUCCAAUCCCCAACCCAUCCCCAGUCCCAUAAAAUGCAGCACAUACAAGGGGUCCCACCAUGACGUGCUAAACACCUUGAUGUCAACAUCGGAACUCCCCACCUUUUAGUCAACUCCACCUCAAGGGAACCGCACGGGACCCAAAACCAAAACCAGAAAGACGGUACGGCACGGCAGUCAAUUCCCCAUGCAUGUUACUUCCCUUCCCGUUGUGCAGACAAUCAAUCAUCAGCCUGCGUUGCGUGCGGCAUAGGAAGCUUUUUUUCGGGACUGGGUCUGGGUGUGGAUCUUUGUCAGUGGAGGUGAUGGGAGGGGUAGGGAGACGAUCACCAAGACUUACAGGUUACGAAUGGGGUAAUGGUGAGGCGGGUAGUGGUUGCAGGAUUGGGGGUUUCCUUUGUGUGGUUUUGACGUCUGAGUUUGAAGGAGUUGAGAUACAUGGGUAGUUAUUUGUGGCUUGUUUUGGUGUAUGUGUGAUAUGUGAUGGAGGUUUGUAUAGAGUGGUAGAAGGUAUUUCCUUGAUUUGUGCUGUUUCGAUAUACUAAUGCAUCAACGCCUUCAAAAGUACCUAGGGGUUAUGCACUCAAAGAUUCUGACUAGAUAGGCAGUUAGCCCUUUGUAUGUUAUCCUGCCACAUCGGAAUUGAAAUUACGGGCAGCAUUUGCUGGUCACUCAUUGAGAGAACGGAGAGGAAUAUACCAUAACCUUAAUUGUGUAGUCCCUCAAAAUACCAUUACCACCCUGUGAUUCUAUGUCCACUCGAUAACAUGAUAUUGAGUCAAAAAAAAGAAAUCUGGAAAAGAUCUACCUGCAAAGGGCAAAGCAGGAGCCAGUACGGACUGGGAUGCGAUUUAACAUCGUGCUUUCCAUGAAAUCCUGGUAUGAAUAAGUUGCAGCCGGAUUGCUGGAUUAGAGGAAGGCGCGAGUGGCUUUGGACUUUUCUCGUUAUACCUAUGGUACUUAUGUGGCUUUUCGUCGAGUACAAGGUCGAAAGUUUCUUUGAGUGGUGUUAGAGUCGCUCCUUCCCUUGAGUGACUGGACAUGUUCUCUCUUGGACUUAAGUCUCGCCUCGACCUACUUGGAUCUGGAAAUAUACGGGCUGGGAAUAGGUUGGUUACGUAAGAGAGAAGGAAGGAGGAUGGAGCGAGUGCCAGGUCAAAGUUGUCGCAAUCGAGGUCUGAAUCUCUGAAGCGUUGUUCUUGAGGUUGUAGGUUGCAUGUUGACUACAAGCAUUUAACUCCCACGCCAGUAAGAUGCUAGACCACAGCGCAGGGGAUGCAAGCACUAUAGGAGGUUCCUACUUAUGUCAACAACACAAACAUGCGUCCACUCCGCACGAAAGGUAUGAGAAACCUCAAUUUUGGGGAUCACGAUCGUGGCAAAGUGCCACUUCCAUCGAACUCCAGCAAAAAAUUAUCUCUACAGCGCGUACCUUUGCAUUCAACCCCAACUGGAAGUCAUUCAACCCAAACAGAGUUCUCGACGGAGACACCCCGGCUGUCGUCGUACAACCCCACACAAAACAGCCCCUGACUUUCCCCGCAGCCAAUCAGCAUCCCUCGUCUAUUCCCAGCCCCACAAAAGUCACAAAAUAACAUUGAUAUCUCAAAAUACCACAACCACCACCAUCAAAACUGGUACCUGUCCGCCUGGCCCAGUCAGUUGGUGUGUGUUCCCAUGUGUACCAAUUCCCACAAGCGCCAGCACCAUAACUGUUUCCUCCGUAUAUGUUGAUUUGGACGCGCCCUGGUCAAGCGCCAGACUGAUCGGUCGUAGAUAUAUGUUGUGCUGGGUCUACUUUCUCUUUUGCUCCACUCCCUUAUUUGAUCCACUUAUAGUUCUGCUGCCUAAAUGCUUCAUGUCUGCCUAAACCUUACACUCUUUAUAUAAACACCUUAGAUAGCUACCUUUUACAAUGCAAUCAAUUCUCCAUGACCUUCAGUACCCAAUACCCUUUCAACCCAAUAAUAUAUGUAAGUUCUCCUUCAUCCUUAAGAAAUGAUUGUGCUAAUUCUAAAUAGGUAGAAAGAAGAUUGUAGUGUAUCUUUUUUUUUUGGUGGGGUUUUGGCUGUUUUGGGAUCGUGCGCUUGGUGGAAUGCAAUCGCGCUUGUUCUGCUUCACUCUAUUCACUAUCUUUUCGCUGUUUUGAAGAAGAGAAGACACAUUGAGCCUGCGAGGUAAAUAUUGGGUGGUUGUUACAGAUGUCGUUGCUUCGUAGGUAGGUGUAUUCCUCUAGAGCUCCGCUAACCUGGGAGACUACUAAUGACUUCUCAGCGGUUAUCCCAAAUUCGUUAGUCGAGGUUGGAACGAUAAUUAACUCCCAAUUUGGCUCCAGCAAGCAGACUGCAACAACUACUACAAUAGCAAACCUUUCAACACCAUUGAUGACGCAAAUUACAACAAUGCUCGCCCAGGAGACUUUACAUCCAGCGAUCUCCUCCUUGAUCCCUCCACAUACUAUUGCUCCAACGCAGUCAUGUCACGAGAUAGCCGUGGACUCAUAAGUUACGCUCAAAGAUACUUACUUGCCUGAUGUGAUUGCCGAGAAGGCUUGUGAUAAUUCGGGUACCGCUCUUGCCACACCGAAACCUUUCUUUUUUGUGGUCGCUCCUGUUGCGCUACACUCGGAAAUCAACUUCGAUGAUUUGUCUACUGGUGUUUCGGGGUGGGCCAGCGGAUAUAAUGGUUCUUUUUCGGGGGCUUCUGCUGGUUCCAAGAUCGCCGCAUUUCGAUCCUUCAUUUGGACGUAG